UGUGUGCUACUUUUCUCUCCCAGAUGGGGGGUUACGCCGAGCCGAGAGCAGCUCCAAUCCCACAAUAGCGACGGAGUUUGUCAAGCAAGCGCUGCUGGUGGUUUUCAAUCUAAAAGGGGGAGAAAGCUAGCCCGGGGAAGCUCUGCGGAGGAGAGAUGUAAAAUGGCAGAGCUACAAAUGCUGUUAGAGGAAGAGAUUCCGGCCGGUAAACGUGCGCUUGUGGAGAGUUACCAGAACCUGACCAGAGUAGCUGACUACUGCGAGAACAACUAUGUCCAGGCCCAGGACAAACACAAGGCCCUGGAGGAGACCAAGGCCUACACCACCCAGUCCCUGGCCAGCGUGGCCUACCAGAUCAAUGCCCUGGCCAACAAUGUGCUGCAGCUACUGGACAUCCAAGCAUCGCAGCUCCGCCGCAUGGAGUCCUCCAUCAACCACAUCUCCCAGACGGUGGACAUCCACAAGGAGAAGGUGGCCCGGCGAGAGAUCGGCAUCCUGACCACCAAUAAGAACACGGCGCGCACCCACAAGAUCAUCGCGCCGGCCAACAUCGAGCGGCCCGUGCGCUACAUCCGCAAGCCCAUCGACUACAACGUGCUGGACGACGUGGGCCACGGGGUCAAGUGGCUAAAAGCCAAGCAACAUGGAAACAAUCAGCCAAUCAGAGGUGGCGGAACUCUGUCGAGGACCAAUCCCCCGACACAGAAGCCCCCGAGCCCGCCCAUGGCAGGGCGGGGCACCUUGGGGCGCAACGCGUCCUACAAGACCCUGGAGCCGGUGAAACCGCCAACGGUGCCCAACGACUAUAUGACCAGCCCCGCCCGGCUCAGCCACCAGAACAGCCCCGGCCGCACGGCCUCCGUCAACCAGAGGCAACGCACGCACAGGUACCUGCCGUCACUCCCUCCUUCCACUAGGAACCGCAAACGCGUGAGAAACUACCCCCGCGAGGACAGUGUGCUCGCUGGUAAUGACAGGGAAACCCUCUUGCCAUCAGGGGCAAUAUGCAAACAGGUACACAACCUAUUGUGGAUCGACUUUUGUCACACACCGGCUUUUUUUUUUCUUCAACAACUUGCAUGGCAUGACUGCAUGACCGAGCAGCUCCAGGUGAAAGGGGUUAACCUAAUCAGUCCCAUGCGCCAGAUCCCUCCGCCUCCCCCUCGCCUCCGACCCGUACGGCGUUCACUACGGGUCCUCACUGUCCUUACUGUCUUCGUUCCAGUUGCGGAUUCGCCCACCCCCCCGCCUCCGCCACCGCCCGACAGCAUGGCGCUGUUCGACGACUCCCCCCCGCCGCCUCCCCCUCCCCCCGUGGACUACGAGGAGGAGGAGGCGGCUGUGGUCCACUACAGCGACCCCUACGCCGACGGAGACCCCAACUGGGCCCCCAAGAACUACAUCGAGAAAGUGGUGGCCAUCUACGACUACUCCAAGGACAAGGAUGACGAGCUAUCCUUCAUGGAGGGCGCCAUCAUCUACAUCAUCAAGAAGAACGACGACGGCUGGUACGAGGGGGUGUCCGGUAGCGUCACCGGCCUCUUCCCCGGGAACUACGUGGAGUCCAUCAUGCACUACGCCGACUGAGCUAGCUGCUAGCCGCGCUAGCUAAAAGACGCCGCCUUGUGACGCAAGCUUGCUACUGACUGUCAGCGAUGUUAGCUAGUAGACUCCAGUUAGCCGAGGCCAGUUAGAGACGCUAGCUAGCCGAGGCCAUUUAGAGACGCUAGCUAGCCGAGGCCAGUUUGCGACGCAAGCUAGCCGAGGCCAGUUUGCGACGCUAGCUAGCCGAGGCCAGUUUGCGACGCUAGCUAGCCGAGGCCAGUUUGCGACGCUAGCUAGCCGAGGCCAGUUUGCGACGCUAGCUAGCCGAGGCCAGUUUGCGACGCUAGCUAGCCGAGGCCAGUUUGCGACGCAAGCUAGCCGAGGCCAGUUUGCGACGCAAGCUAGCCGAGGCCAGUUUGCGACGCAAGCUAGCCGAGGCCAGUUUGCGACGCAAGCUAGCCGAGGCCAGUUUGCGACGCAAGCUAGCCGAGGCCAGUUUGCGACGCUAGCUAGCCGAGGCCAGUUUGCGACGCUAGCUAGCCGAGGCCAGUUUGCGACGCUAGCUAGCCGAGGCCAGUUUGCGACGCUAGCUAGGCGAGGCCAGUUUGCGACGCUAGCUAGGCGAGGCCAGUUUGCGACGCUAGCUAGCCGAGGCCAGUUUGCGACGCUAGCUAGGCGAGGCCAGUUUGCGACGCUAGCUAGGCGAGGCCAGUUUGCGACGCUAGCUAGCCGAGGCCAGUUUGCGACGCUAGCUAGCCGAGGCCAGUUUGCGACGCUAGCUAGCCGAGGCCAGUUUGCGACGCUAGCUAGCCGAGGCCAGUUUGCGACGCUAGCUAGCCAUGGCUAGUAAGCGACCCUAGCUAGCCGAGGCCAGUUUGCAAUGCUAGCUGGUCAACUUCAGUUAGCGAUGCUAGAAGGGCCAAUGCGUGGUGGCGGCGUAUUUAUUGAUACCGCGAUCCUGGUCUAAACUCGAGACCACUGCCGCCUGGUCAAACCCCAAACACCCCCCAUCCUAACGUAUACGUAGGCACAACGUUUAACUGCUUUUCUUUUUGAUAUCACAAUGUUAUUGCCCCCUUAACAAAUAUGUUUGCAAAUAAAUAAAUAAAAAAUGUUUAUCGAUAAGAGUUUAUUUUGCGGUUUGCAUACCGGGGAGGGGAGAGGAGGGAUUUGUUGAAACGUAUAAACAGGGAAAGAUUGCAAAGUCUUGGAACUGUACGAUGGAUCGGAUACUCUAGUUCAGUCUCUGGAGGUCUGGGAAUACCGAGACCGAUCGUUGCAACCAAGCUCGAGAACAGCAGACUUUUACAACACUUCUUAAAUGUACUACAGAUUCCUGACGGCUACUUGGAUGAUGAACUUGGGUCAUGUUUCCGCCAUUAUGGGAUUUAUUGGUCGGUCCAGUAAACCAAGUCAACAUAUGGGUAAAGCGAGCUCAGAUGAUUCCUUUAAAGACAAGUUUUUUUAAUCUUAAUUAAGGGCUGUGAAUAAAAGAUAAAAAAAAAAAGAUAACAUAUUGACUUGAACAGGCGAGCUGACGGAUUGACAUACGCUUAUUUAUGUAUGCAAAUCAUACAGACUGGUUGUGACUCAGGGUUGUGUCGAAUGCGGCAGAACUCUCAAUGCGCUCUUAAUUUGGUAGUUCUCUAAUUGUAAAUACAAUUAGAGUCUCUAAUUGUAUGUAAUGGUUAAUUCACUGCCUGCCCAUUACCGAUGGCUGUCUGGGAUUAUGCUAAUCUAAUCAACCACAAUACUAAUCCCAAUAUCAAUAAAUCUUGUCUAGGUAUGUAUGGACAAUUAUAUAUCCUGAAGGCAAAUUACACAAGAAAUUCACAUCAUGGUGAGAAAGCAUGCAAUAUAGAAUUUAUGAAAUGUAAUACCGUUUAUGUUGUCAAUAUAUACAAAUUGAUUUGUUUUUAUUGCAUUGUUUAAUUUGUUGUACUGUCCAAAUCACUGAAUGAUUUAGAAUUUUUAACAAGAACUUUUUCAGGGCUCCGGUUUUUAAAAUGCUGAUUUUCGUUUGGUUCAGAAUUUGAACACUUCAGUUUCACAUCUUGAUUAUGGCUUUCAAUGUCAGACGCAUUGUUUAUAACUUUUUACUUCUAUAAAAUAUGUGGAGCAGUCCAAAUGUCAUGGCCUAUUGAACAAUGUCUCCGGAGGGAAACUAGGCGUUCCCCGUCUUCUCCGGGUUAUGUUUCAGUUUGAGAUGACUUGCCAAUCACUGCCAGCCCUCGCCGAGCAAAAAAAGGAAAUCUGAAUCUGAGAUUAUGAGGAAAGGGUUGUGAGUGUUUGAAUUGAUCUUUCAGUUUUGAUUUGUCAAGCUAUAGAUUAUUCUAGUGUAUGAUUAACGCAUCACCCUUUACCUCACAAGAGGGUGCAACAUAAUGGCCUGAUUGGGUGAUUUCUCCCAUGAUGCCUUGCAUUUCCCCAGAUCCUUAAUCUGACCAGAACCUAAAAAAUAAAACAAUCUUAAUACCCUACCAUUUGCAAUGCAUCAUGGGAAAUAAACUACAGAAAAAAAGGUGGUUGCA